UCAGGCACUUGUUGAUUACUGUAGUGUUGCAACAGCUGAUCACUUUUUUUUUUCGUGGUUUAAAAUUAUCCAAAUCCUAUGAAAUUAAUGUUAAUAAAUAAUGUUAGCAAAAUAAUUAUAGGAAAAUCGAAGUGGGUAAACUUUAGCAUGCUAAAUUAUGAUGGCUUAUUUGGGAGAGUAAUAAAAACAGAGUAGCUGACACAAAGAACAUCUAGGGAAGUGAGAAAGAGAAGAGACUAAAGCAAAGAACUUUGGAAACCCAGGCCAGAAUCAAGUGUAAUUCCUAUCUGUCCUCACAAACCAAAGUAAAGAAUAACAGAAAUCAGUACCAUUUUCCCUAUAAAAUUAACACAAAAGCUAAAGUUUCAGUCCUUGUAUUGGAGACUGGAAACACAGCCUUUCACCCCUCUCUCUCUCUCUCUCUCUCAUAUUCUUCCUCCAAAAUAUUUAUAUCUUAAGCAUGAUUUCAUCACUACUUAGUAUUUAUAUCACCACACCACAUGGGCAAAACUUUAAGAAAACUCAAACCCAUUUUUGUGUUUUUCUAGUCAGGCAAAUGCUUGGAAGUUCAAGCCAAGGUGUCAGAGCAUAAAAACCAAGACGUUAUAAGCUGUGAGAGAAGAAGGAAGAAGAAGAAGAAGAAAAGAGCAAGUUUUUUAUUAUUAUUUUUUGUCAUUGUAGGGUGUUUUUCAAGAGCUUUGGAAAUGGUGAGACAGUGAAAUACUCAAGAAAGUUUUCUUAGAAUGGUGAUUUUGUGUUGGAUGGAUUUGGUGGGAGCUUCAUUUCUAAAGGAAAAAACUAGGAAUAGAUGGUGCUAUUUUGAUCACAGAAGAAGACAACACCGAUGUACACAAACGGAAACCAAUAUAGGGCAAGAAACAACAGGAAGAAAUUUCACAAACAUGGCUUCUUGCUGUUGUAAGACCUCACCAAUCAUUCCCAUUUUUGUAUUCUUUCUUCUUGUUUCUUCUUCAAUUUGUCCUGUCUAUUCGUCGGAAACCGGCAAUCGCCAUGCAAGCAAUCAAACUUUCCGGCCAGAAGAAGAGUUACAAAAGUUGAAAAUAAUAAGAGAACGUCUCAACAAAAUCAACAAGCCAGCAGAGAAGACAAUUCAGAGUCCGGAUGGUGAUAUUAUAGAUUGUGUUUUAUUGCAUCAUCAACCAGCCUUUGAUCAUCCUCAAUUAAAAGGACAAAAACCAUUGGAUCCACCAGAGAGACCAAGUGGUUAUAACCCAAAUGGGAUGGCGGCAGAAGAUUUUCAGCGGUGGAGCAUGUCAGGUGAAUCAUGUCCGGAAGGAACAAUCCCCAUCAGAAGAACAACUGAACAAGACAUGUUGAGGGCUAGUUCUGUUAGAAGAUUUGGAAGGAAACCAAGAAGACGUGUUAGAAGAGACUCAACUAGCAAUGGCCAUGAGCAUGCAGUUGGAUAUGUGAGCGGAGAUCAAUACUACGGAGCAAGAGCAAGCAUAAAUGUGUGGGCACCUCGUGUCUCUAAUCAAUACGAAUUCAGCUUAUCUCAAAUGUGGGUCAUCUCCGGUUCAUUUGGUGACGAUCUCAACACCAUUGAAGCCGGCUGGCAGGUCAGCCCAGAGCUAUAUGGGGACAACUAUCCUAGAUUCUUUACUUAUUGGACCACCGACGCGUACCAAGCCACAGGGUGCUAUAAUUUGCUGUGCUCAGGAUUUGUUCAAACUAAUAGUAGAAUUGCAAUUGGAGCUGCAAUCUCCCCAACAUCAUCAUAUAAUGCCGGUCAAUUUGAUAUCAGCCUCUUGGUUUGGAAGGAUCCAAAGCAUGGGAAUUGGUGGCUAGAAUUCGGAUCAGGGAUUCUGGUAGGAUACUGGCCAUCAUUUUUGUUUACUCACCUAAGGGACCAUGCAAGCAUGGUACAAUUUGGUGGAGAAAUUGUGAAUUCAAGGCCAGGAGGUUUUCACACCUCAACAGAAAUGGGCAGUGGUCAUUUUGCUGGGGAAGGCUUUGGAAAGGCCUCCUAUUUUCGAAAUUUGCAAAUUGUUGAUUGGGAUAACAACUUAAUCCCAUUACCAAAUCUUCGGGUCCUCGCAGAUCAUCCAAACUGCUAUGACAUCCAAGGAGGAAUUAAUAGAGUUUGGGGGAAUUAUUUUUACUAUGGAGGACCUGGAAGAAAUGUGAGGUGUCCCUAAAGGGUAGGGUAUUAAUUUUUUCUUCCGUUCUUUCCUUUUAAUAUAUAGCUUUUUCUUUUUUCUUUUUUUUUUUUUUAAUUUUCCUUUAAUACUUGUUGGGUGAUAGUGGGUUUCUCCUGGAGAUCAUUGAUCAGUGAGUUCCGGCCUUCGGGGAAUUCUUAUAGUAAUUAUUUUCCUUGUUAAUCCAAUUUUUUUUCUAUUGUUCUUUCUUUUCAACUAACAGGUGUCUAUUAAUUAUACCACCUUUAGGGACAUUAUGUAAAUGUGGAAAAAAUGAUGGAAUAUAUAAUAUAUAGUGAAUACAGUAUGGGUUGUGAAUGUGAUUCCUCUUAUUCUUUUUGUGUUGUCCCUGUUGGGCAGAGUUUCAAGAAUGUAAAGGUUUAAAAACAAUGGCACUUCAUUUUCAACAUUGGCAACUAUAUGGUUAAAUAGAGCAAUUAAUCCCAAUAGGGACCACUCCAAUGGCUGGAGAUCGAAACACUGUCUUAAUUAGAUGAAUUAACCAUCCACAAGC